AUGGCGUUCUUUGACCUGGUCGACAUGACCGUGGCCUAUGGACAGUACCUAUAUAUUCUUCUUUCCAUUUCGCCGAUGAGCUUCCCUGACUUUUACGUGGAGCCAUUCCGGAGUUUGCAGUAUGCCACUCUCGACUUCAUUAACUCAUUUAGUGAGGGAAGUCGCUAUAAUAAUCCACUGGAAAUCACGCUGCCGAAUUGGCUGCCGUUGGACUUCCGCCUCCAGUUUGCCGCCAUCGUAAUUAUUGCACCACUUUUGGUGGCGCUUCUGGGGAUUCUCAUCGUCUGCGCGACCGGUGCUUUGCUUUGGAUUCUGCUAACGCUGACCGCACUCUUUGCGAUGAUAUUCGGAGCCGUUCUGCUCGCCAACCCAUGGGUGUACUCGACUGAGGGUAUCCCCACAAAGACGCGAGUGUUGUUGGUGAGCAUCGGCUCCGUGUCCUCCGCGGUGCUUAUCUGCGCUGGUAUUGUUGUUACCUACUUGUGGCGCGCCCGCCUACGCAAGAAGGAGGACGCAAUCAUGGCCAACUCCUCCAGCGAGAUGGAGGCGCAUCAGCGAACGGUCUCACUCGCCGAAAAGGCGGUCACACGGACAGUAAUGAACCGUCGCGCAUUGGCCGCGCACUACGCAUACGAGGACAAAAAGAAUCGCUACAUGAGCCGCCGCCGCCUGCACAUUCUGUUUCCACAGACGGUGAUGGGGGUGGGCAGUGUUUUUGCGGGCCUCAUCAUUUCUGGGCUGCUGCCGGUGAACACAAUCCGAUUCUUGCAGGUGAGUCACUUGGGGCGCGGCGCUGGUGGGUUCCUUCUCGCCGUUGGGAUUCUCACACUUGUGUGGGUCGCUCUCGGUGCGUUCAAGAAUGGCCGCCGCCUGCAAGUGAAGAUAGACGGCCUGCUAUCAGGUCCUGCACUCGAUCUCAUGAUGAUAGCCAUCUCUCUCAUCUACAGCCCGGUGCUGCUAAACAUCUUGCACGUUCUGUGGUGUGUCGAUGUGACGUGCGACGCGGGCGAGCGGAUGGCGAACCCGGGUUCGAUGACGCACACCGAACGCAAACCGAGCGUCCUCGAUCCACCAGUGAACCUCUGCUACCCCUGCAACUUCUCCGUGUACUCGCAGCGCUGCCCAGCAUCGCUGCAGACAGAUUUGUGCGGCUCCCCCGUGAGGGAACGACGACUUGAUUUCGAUCAGACAGUAAUGUGCAGUCAGAUUGAUGUGUUCUAUUGGGUGGCAGUAGCAGUGAUCCUAUUUGCGUAUACUGUAUCAUACCCGGUAUUCCUUGUGGUCGCCGCCGACCGCGCAACUAGGAUACUGGAAGCGGAGUACCCCCUGGAGAAGCGCAUCUGUGACGAGUUCACUGAAAAGGAGCUCUACUAUGAGAAGGUGCGGAAGUCAGCGAAUGUGUCGGCGCCUAUUUAUCAGGUCUACAAGCGGCGUUACCGUAAGGCGCGCCUCACUUUCCUACUGCAGAGGAUUCUUCUUGUGACCAUAAGCUGCCUGACACGUCGCGGCCACGAAAGCACUCUGCCAUGGCUUGGUUUAGCGCUUGUGCUCAUCGUCUCUGUGCUGUACUUCGCAUACACAGUGCUUCUGCGGCCGUACGCACGCUCUGUGGAGAACGUAUACGGUGCCACUCACCAGUUCAUCAUCGCCGCUGUCGCCAGCGUCGGUAUCGUCGGGAGCACACGUGGGAAGGAUGCCGUGCCGUUCGGCUUAGCUGUCUUCAUUGCGGUAUUGGUUUUCUUAGCGCCAUUGUUAGCACUCAUCAUUGGGUUCGUCGACACGUUUCGCGAGGACCGCCACCGCGCGGAACGGCUGCAGCAGCGUCUCCUCCGCGGCUUUGCGGUGAAGAGGGACUCCAAUGCCCCCGGUGGGUUGGAUGUAAGGAACGGCGAAGACUCUAAUGAUAAUGGAAUCAGUGGGGAUGCCGCGGAGGAUGAGGCAGUCCAAGGCGUUGUCUCUGAAGUGAGGAAACCGUCUGGUGAUGUCUGUUCACAUAAGAGCAACGACAACAACAGGAACAACAACGCGGGUUCUGUUCCUCUUGCUCUGGUAGGGGAAACACCAGAAGUGCCAACAUCGUCUCACAUCACACAGCACCAGCAAGGGUGCUGUGUGCCGUGCUUGCCGCAGUUCGAAGGAGGCGGGGGCGGUGACGGUAGGAAAGAUGCGUCGUGUAGUGUGUCGCUCAGUCCACGUGACCGUCGCCUGCUCGUGGCGACGCCGUCGGAGCCGACAACAGAAAGAGAACCGCUCGAUCUGCUCGCCCAGGUGGAAGGUCGAAGGGAGAGUUUUCUGCUGAGUGGCGCGGCACGCGGCACAUCGGGAAGCCACGAGAAGGACCCCAGAAUCGAUGAGGAGACGAGCGAUGACGACUACUUUAAUGAUAAACGUUUGUUUGUCCCUUCGAUGUACUUUAGCGAGUACGAUGGCAUUCCGCUGGGAUCUGCGAGUGAGGAAGCUGAGGGUGAGGGUCAACAGCAGCAAGAGGAAGAGCAGCUGCAGCAGCAGCAAGACGAAGAAGAGCAGCAGCAGCAGCAGCAACAACAGCAUGACGAUCACAACAAUGAUGAGGAUAGCAGAAAGAACGCCACGAAGGGCAAACGGCGGGGGAAACUCUUCCAAUGGCUGCGGCGGUGGCAGGAGGUCCUCCAGAUUGGCGACACGCCGCUUCGGUAUGAGGACGUCCUCAAGCGGCGGAAGGAGCUGCAUAAGUCGACGGGUUUCUCUGAGCGACCGUUCUGGUUGAAGGCGUCGGAGACGCAGCUGCAGACGUACAAUGUCGAGGGCGGCACGAUACCGUGGUUCUGCGCGAGCAUCAACCGCGCGCGGACGUCAGAGAUCACUGCAGCCGGACGCCGUACCAUAUUUCCUCAACUGCGGGAGCGCAAGAAUCAGCGGUACUCCCCCAUGGUUGUGCCGUGCCGCCUCAGCGUAGCCACGGAUGCCGGCGACAACCGCGUGCCCAUGUUGACUCUCUUCCGCGGUGGCAUUCAAAGCAACGCCUGCAUCCCUGGCAACAUGGCGAUGGACGCAAGCGUCAUCAGCAGCAUCAGCAACAAGAACAAUAAUGUGCAUGGUCACGCCACUGGUGCGAGUGGCCGCUCCCAAAAUAGCGACAUCCAGCACCAGGCGGCGGCGACAGCGUCCGGGUCCCAGUUUAUUCCACCGGCAGUGCGCCACGCCUGCUCCCUCAACGCGCAGUGGAAGAUUGAGAAAAUGCGGCGCCACUUCCCACGGGAUAUCAAGUCCACAUACAAUAAUGACCGACGCUCGACGAUCUUCGCGCCUGUGAUUCCAAAGGUCCACAUGGAGGGGGUGGAGGUGAUGAAUUGGGAUUUGUUCCUGGAAAAACUUCUCUCUGAGGUCUCUGAUCCCCUUCAGAGUGCCAUGGGGGGUGAAACAAGCGCAUCGACAAGAGAAGGAGUGGCAGCACCAGCGGAAGAGUGCGUGGGCGGCGCUGGGGAUAUGAAUAGGACGGCGCAGCCUGUGGACGGAGCGUCAGCACCAGCUGAUCAGCUGCCUCAGCUGCGGCGCCACUAUAUCUUGCGUCAGCGCCUUCGCGCGGCCUUCCAACAACACUCAGAGCGGCUACGUACGCUGCAGCAGGCUGUGGAUCACCGCAUCGCUAUCACCAUCAAGAAAUAUAUGCAGAUGUUCUUUGUUGGCCUAAGCUUCUUCACGGUCGUGGCACUCGUUAUGUGUCUCUGCGGAAUGCUCCAUACGGAGAGUUUCGACUUCGUCGACGGCGUUCGACAUGAGAGCACUGUGGAGCACGAGCUCCUGGGAUUUGGGAGCUGGGAGGAAUUUACUUCACACUGUUGCUGCCUCUCGGUGUUGAACCUCACAGCAACAUUCCCGUACUAUGUCUUGGACGUGGAGGACUGGUUGUGCGAUAACGGGCGCGUAAAGGAGCGGGUGCGACGCGAUGCGUACCAAAGCGUUGUGGUGAGCGGGUACGCCGUGCGGGACAAAUGCGGUAUGGAAUUCAGGAAUGGCUGCACGCUUACUGUGGAUGACAGCAACCACGUGGAGCUGAUAGGCUGCAGCAGUGAAGUGACGGAGUUGGAGAAGGUGCGGUGGUGA